AUGUCCACCCGAGCUAAGACGAUGUCCACGUCGAAAUCCGAAGGCCACAUCUCCGACGCGAAAAAGAAGGGCGUCCGGUUGCCCAAAGUGAAAGUUGCUGCCCCGAAUCGGGGUAAGGCGGACAGCGUUGCACCUAGACGCCGUAGGAGGCACCGGGACAUGCGCUUGCCCCCCCCCGGCGGGCAUCGGAACACAGCGACAAGCGGCGUGACCAAAGAAAUGGAGGCUCAGAUUGCAGACCUGCGCGCAUGUCCCCACGCAAGGCACGCCCUGGAGGCGAGGGUCCGGCAGCACUUCUCGAAGCGGUCGAAGCGAUAUAACCGAUGCGGCGGCGGCGGCGGCGGCGGUCGAAAGCCUUCGGGAGACAGCAGCAGCAUCGGCAGCAACGAGUUCGUGGGAAGCGUUGGCGCUUCCACCGCCACAACCGAACCCGUGGGCCAAGGAGUCCCUCAUGGUGAUGGCAGCAACAGCUGUUGGCAGCAGCACAAGGAGCAGGCCACGGAUGCGAAAGCUCACCGUUUGGGUACCAGGGGUUUCGGAACCGGAGGAGGCGGGGGGGCUGCGGGGCAAUCGGUGUCGGGAAGAGGAGCCGAACCGGUCAGCGCCAGUGACCGGUCGGCGGCGCAGACGCUGCGUGCCCAGGAAGUCCUACGACGCAAAAGAGCCAUCGAGGACGAGCGAAACAAACAGGUCAGGGAGCGCUCUGCAGUUCUGCAACACGAAGCCCGACGGGACAAGCGGCUGGAGAAGAAGAGGGCCGAAAAGCUGAUCACAUACGUUUGCUGCGCUGUUGGGUUCGCGGAAUGGAAGGUUCGGUUUGACGAGAAGAGAACGGCUAAGCACCAGGCAGAGCGGAAAGAUCAUUGCGCACGCAUUCUACAGCGAGUAUGGCGAUUCAAUCGAAUACGACGCACCAUAGCCAAGGUUCGAGAGUCCACUCCAGCAGUGCGAAUGAUCGUGUUCGGCAUGCGGCGAAAGGCGGCCGUCGCGAGGAAGACCGUGGCUAGGCGCCACAAGACACAGGCCGCCGAUCUCAUCCGCUGCGCCUUGAGGGCCGGCACUCGCACACUGUUCCGGACUCGAAUCAGCUACUACCGCGACAGGAUUAUCAAGUGUCAGCGGCUCUUCACCAGCUACCGCGAAGUCACCAAAGCUAGAAAACGGGCGUUGACCAACAAGUGGACAAGGCACGUGCACAAGGUAGACGAGAGACGGUUCAGCAUGUACUCCGCACACCUCCGAGACAUGUACAACUUCGACCCAGUCCAAGUAGAAGGAGUCCUCAAGGAGAUGCGACUUCUAUCUGCGCAAGGGCAGACCACGGCUCAGGCCAUGAAGACGAAGAUCUUCCUGGGGGCCGGCGACGCCGCCGGGAACCACGCGGCUAGAAGGGCUGACGGCGGCAAUGCUACCCAGACCACCGACAACGAAAACAACAACAACGACAACAACAACGGCAACGAUUCCAGUCGAGAGGAAGGGGUAGGGGGCAACCCUUCGGACGGGGAGAGCGUUAGGCACUCAGGAAAAAAUCGAGCGCGAGGAGGAAGAGCACGGUAA